GUGCGCGUUCCUUCGCCAUCGUGAAGCCAUGGUAAGCUUUGGACAGCUCACACAAAGAUCAGGAGAAACCAAGAUCGAAACGCAGCGAGGGCGGUGGAGGGAGGCAGGUGUCUGGUGGAGGCAGGACAGGAGGCAGGGGGAGGGAGGGAGGGAACAGGGGGAGAGGCAGCGAGGCAGAUCCAGCGGCGCACACCGACAGACAGACACAGAGAGGCGGGCGGUCGUGGAUGUGGGUGUGUUCUCGCUCUGGGAGUCUGUCACAUGUACGGCGCUGCGGUUGUGUCGUGUGUGAUGUGUGAUGUGUUGUGUUGUGUUGUGUCCCCAGGUGAACAUUCCGAAGACGCGCAACACUUUUUGUAAGCACCCCAAGUGCAAUAAGCACACGCCGCACAAGGUGUCGCAGUACAAAAAGGGUGAGUAAUACGCUACACACACAGCACACAGAGCGACCACACCACACCACACCACACACGAAGGCGGACCUCUGUGUGUGACUGACUGACUGAUGUGUCCUGUCUGUCUGUCUGUCUGUCUGUGUGUCAGGCAAGGAGUCUCGGUUUGCCCAGGGUAAGCGUCGGUACGACAUGAAGCAGGCCGGCUUCGGAGGACAAACCAAACCCAUCUUCCACAAAAAGGUAGGGAGGGAUGCCAUAUGGCAGGCACGCAACACACACCCACACACAUAGCCAGCCAUUGAUGGGGGGAGUGAGAGCGAGGGCGGCUCCACACAUGUCUGUCUGUGCGUCCCUGUGUGUGUAUGUGCGUCAUCUCACCAGGCCAAGACGACCAAGAAGAUAGUGUUGAAGUUGGAGUGCACCAAGUGCAAGGUGAAGCGGCUGCUGCCCAUCAAGAGGUGCAAACACUUCGAGCUGGGCGGCGACAAGAAGAGCAGAGGAGGACCCAUGUACUAGACCAACCAGGCCGCGUCGUCAACCGACCAACCGAAGGGCGGGCUGUCUUGGUGUCACGCAGUGGGUCUGGGUGUGUGUGGUGGUGGUGGUGGUGUGCGUGGCCAAUGUGAGAGGGAGUGCGUGGCCCAAUACUGUCGUGCCGUGCGUGGUGCACAGUAGAUGGGUGGAUGUGGACGGACG